AUGCCCUUCUUCAACACCUCCCGCAAACGGCGCAAGGUCGCAGAAAUUGCAGUCACUCCAGUCGCCCCAGUCUACCCUCCUAAUCCGCCGCCCUAUGCCCUCGGUAACAGCGCACCGAUCUACUCAGAGCCGCAACCGCAAUGGACUCCGCAGCCUGGUCCAUACCUUCCUCCACCCCCACAGCCCUACAUGACUUCAAUGGUGAGCUUACUGCCGAUGCCCAAUGUCCAGGUGGACUGCGGCGCGCAGCCAAUGCGACCUCAACAUACAUGGGCAUGCCCCCAGACAAGCACCGUCGAUCUUGCGCCUCCGAGAUCGACGAUGCCAUUGCGGGAGAGAAUCGACGACAAACUGGGCGACGUCCUCUCGCUUAUCGACGAGGACGCAUUCUCAGGUUCGGAACGAGAGCUGAUGAUACCAAUGGAAACUACGCCCGCUCCAGAAUACACAGAAACCCGCGAGCCCGUCCGGGCACUUGGAGCCUGCGAAAGGCAGCAGCAGCAGACAAGACAGAAGAAACAGGGCCUGAGCCAAGAGAAGCAGCUCAACGUCUUCACGAAACUCGAUCUAUACAUGAACUCGAGACUGCCUGCCUCCUUGCAACCGUUUCGCGUCUAUAUGCCGACAUGGCCACUUCUGUGCCUGGCCGCGCAGUAUUCCAACAGCGCGUACAUCUCGCCUCAAUCCUCGGCGGAACGCAAGGACUUCGUCUCCGCCGACGGCCGCAUGGGCACCAAGGCGAUGGUGAUCAAGUCCGUACCGUGCGACGACAAGAAGACCAUCGUGUUCGCGAUCCGCGGCACGAGCAUGUUCAGCAUCCGAGACUGGGGGGUCAAUCUGGACACGGAACCCGUCUCCCCAGCUGGCUUCCUUGAUGAUCAAGGCAACCUGUGCCACUCGGGAUUCCUGCGCGUCGCAAAGGCGAUGGUCAGGCCGAUCGCCGCGCGGCUGCGGCACUUGCUGGAAGAAAACCCCUCGCGCGCAAGCUGCUCGUUGCUCAUCACGGGCCACUCGGCUGGCGGCGCCGUCGCGAGUCUGCUGUACGCACACAUGCUCUCCACGAGUGUGCAGUCCGACCUGAACAUCCUGACGGGGUGCUUCAAGAGAGUGCACUGCGUCACGUUCGGCGCCCCGCCUGUCAGCCUCCUCGCGCUCCAGAAACCCGACACCACGGACGGGAGACUGCGCAAGUGCCUGUUCCACUCGUUCAUCAACGAAGGGGACCCCGUCGUGCGCGCCGAGCGAGCCUACGUCAAGAGCCUGGUCGAUCUGCUCUCCCAACCCGUCCCCUCGUCCGUGGCGGCCGUGCAGCAGAAACCUCCAAACCUAAAACCUUCCCUCCCGGCCCUCGCUUCACUAGGCGCAUCCAUGUCCAGGCUCGACCUCUCUCUCGCGCCCGCGAUGAAGAUGCCCAGACCGAAACCCUCGAGACCGAAACCCAAACGUGGUGCAGCCAUCCCGCUGGGGAAACUGUGGUGGGACGUCCCGCCCGCGACUUUGUCCAACGCCGGCCGGCUAGUUGUGCUUCGUGUCCCGCCGCAGGAAUGGGGCGCCAGAGAGACUGAUGUCACGGCCUCGCUGGUCAGGGAUGAGCAACUCCGCCAGGUCAUCUUUGGGGAGCCCCUCGUUCAUUCUAUGGAUCUUUACGCCAAAAGGAUCGAGACUCUAGCGGUCCGUGCUGUGACUGGACGGGAUGGUGCUGUUUGA